GAAAGAAGAUGUUUCAUCUUUGUCUUUUGUCCAUUCCCCUUUUAUCGCAGGGUAUUAUUCAUUCAUCAUGAUUCAUAAUCGAAAAGCUCGUUUUAAUUAAUAAUUAUCUAGUUCAUUUAAUUAUCGCGAAAUCGAGCUGUAACGACGUCAAAGAUGAAAUGAAAAGCUCGCUGUUAUUCGAACAACCGUAACUCUUAGUCGUGUCGUGGGUGUUGAUGUGAAAGUGUCAGUGCUGUGUGUUACGUCUACAUUCUUACUGUGAUAAAAAUACUUAAUAAUCUUAUAAUACUGUCGUAAAUUAAUAUUGCAAACGUUAAAAAUUAAUCUUUAACGUGAUUUUCGUACAAUGAUCAAGUAUUCGAACGGACCGUCAUCGAAGCCCUUUCGGCCAACUAUGAUAUAAUGGGCCAGAGACUUAGUACGUUGAAGCUGAUGCUGAAACAAAAAAAUACCAGAAUGGAUGACAACAAGGUAACUUUGAUUAGUAAAGAAACAGAUACCGAUAUAGUCGUAAGCAAAGUAAACUCCGAAGACAACGGUGAAACCCACCAACAGCAUUUCGAAACCAUCUACACAAGUGGCGAACAACUCAACGAUUCCAAUACGAAUACCAGUACCAGUACCAGUACCAACCCCAGUGAUAUUCCGAACAACUCUACCGAACCUAUUUUAAAGCUUGAGAGGCGUAAAUCUGUCGAAUUGGUCAUCUGCGAACCCCAACCUAUCGAAAUGGAGAAGAAAUCGUCUCGUAAGAAAGACAACGGUAGCGUGAGUAAGAAAAAGAAAAGCCAUUGGGUGCUGAAGUUCAACUGUCCACGUUUAAAGAGCGGUAGCUCGAGUACUUACUCGGAACCAGAUAUUCCGGGUAAAAGUCAAGAAACCGAUUGCAUCUGCACAGGAUACCGUCGAACCGAAGGUACGCUGUUGAGCGGCGAAGAAGUACCUUCGUCAGAAUUACCAAUAUUUGUACCAAAGCAACAACUCGUUGAAUUGAAGAAAUCCGACGACGACGAUAGUACUCGCGAAGAAGACACACCAGCAGCUCAAAGUACUACCGAACCGGUGAUCGAUUUAUCGAAAUUCAAUCCGGAGAAUUAUCCGAUUGAGGAUUGCGACGAACGUGCACGUUUAGAGCGAGCUCGAGAGAUUGCCGAAGGAGUAGAUCCUCCUCCUGGGUUCAGUCCUAAACACGCUAUCGAAUUAGUAUGUCCUACGAACCUGAAUAUCGAUAAUUUAACGGCGCUGUUCCAAUCAGCGUUGUCGUUAUCGGCUCUAUCGCAAAUCGACGUAUCUAAAUCGGUGCAUACGCAGGUCGAUUAUAUGCACUGUUUGGUGCCAGAUUUAAUGCAAAUCAUCUCGUCGUCGUUUUAUUGGGGUAAGAUGGAUCGGUACGAGGCUGAACGUUUGUUAGAUAAUAAACCCGAAGGUACGUUUUUGCUACGCGAUUCGGCCCAAGAAGAGUACCUAUUCUCGGUCAGUUUUCGUAAAUACGAACGUUCUCUGCAUGCUCGUAUCGAACAAUGGAAUCACAGAUUCAGCUUCGAUUCGCACGACCCAGGUGUAUUUUCAUCGCCCACUGUGUGCGGCCUAAUUGCGCAUUAUAAAGAUCCCACAUCUUGUAUGUUUUUCGAACCUAUGCUGACGAUACCGCUUCAUCGUAAUUUCCCAUUCUCGCUUCAAAACCUUUGCCGCGGUGUGAUUUGCAAUCGUGUUAGUUACGAUAAAAUUAAUUACCUCAAAUUACCCAAAACGUUGAAGAAUUUCUUAAAAGAGUAUCAUUACAAGCAACGAGUACGCGUCAGGAAAUUUGAUUUCGAAUAAUGAUUUGUACUACAAAUGAUAAACUCGACAUAAAGUAUUACACAUUUUGUUCCUUAUACCGAAGUGAUAAAUUUGCUAACUGUUACAUGAAUGUUGAAUAUGAUGAUGAAGGGAAAAAAAAGCUUUAUUUUAUUUUGUAUUAGUUAUACGCGUUCACUAAUUGCACCCAAUAUUAGUGUAUUCUUUUUAUUAUGGUAUUAUUUCUUCUUGUUACUUAUUAUUUUUUUGUUAUUAUAAUUUUCCGCUAUUUAUUUUUUAUCGGAAAAUUCCCUUUUUAUAUGUUUUAAGUUGAACAUAGAACUACUUUAACUGUCCACUGAAACUAAUAUACUUUAAAACAAACCUCCCCCUUUUUAAAAACAACAUCCCUAAAAAUUUUUUCUCCGAUCAUAUGUACCUACUUAGUGAAAUGUUUUCUUCUUAGUCUUUAUUUUUUUUUAUCGUUUUGCGAUUGGAUUUUGUAUUCUUGUAAAUCGAUUUACCUAGUGUAUGUUUUGUGUAUUUAAAUCGCAAUGUUGUUAUUUGUUAUUUAUCAUGCAUACAGAAUAAAUCCGCAUGUUUGUUGUGAAUGUGAAUUUUCACCUAUUUCUUGUUGUAUUUAUUUUGUAUUAUUAUUUUUUAAAUAAAAAUAAAAUUAUUAUUUUGUUGUUUUACGUAACUGUAAUAGUAUGUUUCUGAAAAUAUAUUUUUCUCACUA